AUGAUAUUCCUUGUGAUACAAAAGUUAGACCCGGAGUCUCACAAAGAAUGGGAGCAGACAGCUUAUUCAAAAUCAGAGGACGAACUACCAACUUGGGAGAAUUUAAAAGAUUUCCUGCAGUCAAGAUACCGUACCUUAGAACUUGUAUUGUCCGUGUCAGGGACUUGUAGCAGCCGUGACAAACCUGUAAGAGAACGUUCACACUUAGUAACUGCCACAGCCACCACGUCACAGCCAAAUGAAAGAACUUGCGUGCUCUGUAAAGAAAAACAUACAUUAUGUCAUUGUAAGAAUUUUACCAAACUGCAACCUAAAGAAAGAUCUGAUUAUGUCAAGACCAAUAAUCUGUGUUUUAACUGUUUGGUACCUGGGCAUUCUGCUUACCAGUGUAAGUUACAAAUGUCCUGUCGCUUAUGUAGAAGACGGCAUCACACUCUUCUCCACCGCCAUCAAGAAUCGGCACAAACUGAGGAAAGGAAUCAACCGAGUGCAUCUCACCACGGGGUAGAAGAGAAAGAAGAGGUUAUUAAUAGCAUGGUGGCGUCACAUCACAGUACUAAGCAAAGCACAGCACUACUAGCCACAGCGAUGGUUUUAGCGAGGAACGAGCAUAACCAAACCGUUGUUCUUCGUGCGCUAGUAGACCAAGGUUCGCAGGCUUCAUUUUUAAGCGAGAAGGCGGCUCAAAUGCUCAAACUUACCAGGCAAUCAGCGAGAGGAAAUAUUAUCGGGGUGGGAUCUACUAGGACUAAUGUUGAUCACGUGGUUCAACUUAAGAUUGGCUCCCGCUGGAACCCAAGCUUCGAAAUCAACAUACAAGCAUAUGUUAUGAGUAAACAGUUGACCACGAAGAUCCCCUCCAAAGCUGUAACUGUCACACAUUGGCCACAUCUAGAAGGACUCAACCUGGCAGAUCCAGACUACUUCCAACCAGGUUCUAUAGACUUACUUCUUGGUGUUAAAGAGUAUGCACAGAUUGUGCAACCAACACUUAUUAAGGGCCCUCCAGGUUCUCCAUGUGCCCAAGAAACCAACCUGGGGUGGAUCCUCUUCGGAGAAAUCGAUAAUAACCGUGAAAAUGAAUCAUUUCUGGUCCUUCAUCAUCAAGUCCAUAUAGAUCAUAUGUUGAAAUCCCUCUGGGAAAUUGACAAUGAUAAAAAGAGAAUAUUAACAAAGGAAGAAAAGCUAUGUGAAACAAUAUAUGAAAGCACACAUACGAGAAAUAGUGAAGGAAGAUAUCUAGUAAGGCUGCCAUUUAAUACAAAUAAUCCAAUUUCGAUUGAAGGAAAUACGAAGGAAAUAGCUAGAAAAAGGUUACUUCAACUAGAAAGAAGAUUUAAGAAAGAAACUAAACUGAAAGAAGAUUAUACAAAGGUCAUGCAAGAAUACAUAAAAGCUAACUACAUGGAAGAAAUAACUAAGAAUGAAAUAAAUGAGAGAAAAUCAGUAUACUUACCUCAUCACGCCGUGGUACACGCAGACAGAGAAACUUCUAAGACACGCGUAGUAUUUGAUGCUUCAGCGAAGGGCUCUAACUGCGUUUCUCUAAACGAUGAAUUGCUUGUAGGUCCGCAACUGCAAGAGGACUUAAGGAACAUACUUAUGAGAUCGAGAUUACAUCGUGUUUGCUAUGCAAGUGAUAUACAAAAGAUGUACCUGCAAAUAUUACUUUAUGAAGAAGACGCCGAUCGAUAUCAACGCCUUUUGUGGAGAGAGAAUGAUACAGACCCGAUUAAAGAAUAUCGUAUGCUUCGUGUUACAUUUGGUACAGCGGCGGCCCCUCACCUGGCUGUAAGAACGCUUCACCAGGUAGCUGACGAUGAGGGUCGAAAUCAUCCAAUGGCUGUUCGAAUUAUUAAAGAAGAUUUUUACAUGGACGACUUAAUGUCAGGGGAGAGCAGUGCUCCUGAAGCCAUAAAGAGAGCACAAGAAAUAGAUAAUAUUCUACAGAAAGGUGGAUUUGUUUUAUCAAAAUGGUCAUCCAAUUCUGCUGAAUUUUUGAAAUCUAUCGAACCAAACAAACGUACAUCUCGAGCACAGUUGGAUUUUAAAUUGGGUGAUUAUUACAAAGAGAGUAUUACAAAGAGAGGCAUACUAUCUGAUAUUCAAAGACUUUUUGACCCACUGGGAUGGAUCGCCCCUAGCUUAAUUUUGGCUAAGAUACUCAUACAAAAGCUAUGGCUAGAACCGAUUGGCUGGGAUGACGAGAUUAACCAAUCGCUGUUACACAAUUGGCUGACAAUAAGAGAAGACUUUGAACAUGUAAAAGAGAUAGGUAUUCCAAGAUGGCUAAACACAGUAAGCACACAGAUGGAAAACAUCGAGGUUCAUGGUUUCAGUGAUGCUUCCAUGAAAGCCUAUGCCGCGGUGGCUUACAUUCGUUUGAAGAGGGAAGAUGCUUCAGUAUUCACCAAUCUAUUAGCUGCCCGUACUAGAGUGGCACCACUCCGUACCGUGUCUCUACCACGCCUGGAGUUAUGUGGGGCGCUGUUAUUAGCAAGGUUACUUAAGCAAAUAGAAAAUGCAAUGCGUAUACCUACUUCUAACAUCUAUGCAUGGACAGAUUCUUCAAUUGUUCUUGCAUGGCUAUCUGGUGAUCCUCAUAGAUGGAAGACAUUCGUGGCGAACCGGGUCGUAGAAAUUGUAGAGAAUGUAAACACACACCGAUGGUUCCAUGUAGCUUCGGAAGAGAAUCCUGCAGACAUUGGGUCGCGGGGCAUGCUGCUGGCGGACUUGAAACAGAAAGACUUGUGGUGGACAGGGCCUAAGUGGUUAUGCAAAAAAGAAAUAAUAUACAGUAAGCCAGGAAUAACAGAAACAGAAUUGGAAAUGAAACCAAUAAAAUUAAAUACUUACCACAAUGCAGAAGAACUAAAACCUUUAACCGCUCAGUUUGAAGAUUUUGAUACGUUACCAGAAUUACUAAAAACGAUUAUUUACUGUAAAAGAUUUUUAAGAUACAAAAGUAAUUUAAGUACGAGCAAGGAAAUAACUACACAAGAAUUUGAAGAGGCGCUUAUCACAUGCAUUAAGUUAGUACAACAAGAAUUCAAAGAAGAAAUAGAUCGGCUAAGAGAUAAGAAACAAGUUAGAAGAAAAAGUAAAUUACGAUCGCUAAACCCAUACCUGGAUGAGAAUCAUAUCCUCAGGGUGGGCGGUCGCCUUAAACAUACUAACUUACCUGAUAACCGAAAACACCCAAUUAUUCUUGGAAACAAGAACACCCUAGUACACUUGAUCGUUGCUGACGCCCAUAUCAAGACACUACAUGGAGGGGUUCAGUUAAUGCUAUGUUAUCUCAGAUCAAAAUAUUGGAUCCUAAGGGCAAAAUCAAUAACAAAAUUAUGUCGUUUGCCGGUGGAUUCCACUCGGUGA